CAGAGCGGGGAGAAGAGGGGGGGGGUCUUGACUCCAUCCUGUCGCAUCAGAGAACAUGGCGGCUGCCGCUGGUGCGGCAAAGGGGCUCGACCAGGCCGGGCUUGGGCCGUUGGAGGCUUAUCUGAGUUUUGAAUCCAGACUUGAAGCUUAAAAACGGACAAAACAAGCAUUGAUUAAAAGUGCUUAAUGGACAGAGAAUGUCAGCAGUAUGGAUGAGGCAGAAAUCAACACUGAGAUCAUUGGUGCUAAAGGACUGCUAGAUGACAAUAAUUUCAUCUCUGAGAAGUGUGGCAUUCCCAAAUUAGAAGAGAGUGAAACAUCAUUUCAGAAUAAUACAUUGACUUUGCCUGAAGAUCUAUCAACAGACAAGUCUGAAAACGCCUUAAGUGGGGGCCAAACAUCUAUAUUUAUACAUACUGGGGCUCCUGCUGUUUCUAGUGAAAAUUUUGUUCUGCCUACAGAAACUUCUGUUAAUGGACCACACUCCAGUUUAACUAAGAUUUCCAUUAUGAAACAAGGCAGCAUUUCAUUAACUAAUGCACAAGCUUUGGGCCAUCAAACAGAUUCUUCAUCAUCUGUCACAGUGGUACCUGAUCUUCAACUUCCUACAAAACCAUCGACCCAAAAUUCAAGUCCGGUUUUGUUCUUGUUACCUGAAGCAGCACAUGCUAAGAACCUAUCACAUUCCAUGAAAAAUCUACCUCCCUCUGCUUCAGUUGCUUGUGACGUAGAGCCAUCAAUAGGAAAAAGCAUAAAAUCAGAUAGCACUUUAGUAAGCCAAGUAGAUGUGAGUGAGGAUAGCAAAAAAUUAUUAGGAAAAGAUGAUGGUAGCAAAUCACUAACAGGGAUUUCCUCAGCUGCAGGUGACUUCAGAUCAGAAAGUGAUGUAAGCUGGGAUCCACAGAAAGAAUACAUAGAAUUCCUUAUGACAAAUGAAGAAACUGUAGAAGAGCCACCAAUUCAACCUAAAGUUGCCAUACAGAAAAGGAGAAAAAGAAAGAUGGACGUUAGCAAAAUAACUCGCUAUACUGAGGACUGUUUUAACGAAUCCAAUUAUAUUCCUGACAAUUCUGAAUCAGUAGAUAUUGAGUUUUUGGAACAGAGUGAGAAUGUACAAAUAAUAGAAUCACAAAAAUAUUCAUUAGCCAGAGUAAAGCCUGAAUCUACAGAUGAGGAAUUGGAAGUUGUGGAUGCCAUCCAGCAACUGAUUUAUAAUCCAAGUAAUAAGUGUGCAGAUGAUAUUUCCCCUGUUCACAGUAGCACUUUCCUUUCUAAUACUUUAUUGAACAAAUGUGAACAAGAUGACUUGGAAUCACCCUCUAACUUCAUUUCUGAUGAGCCAUCUUUUUAUCCCUGUACAAAGUGCAAUGUGAAUUUUAGGGAAAAGAAACAUCUGCACAGGCACAUGAUGUAUCACUUGGAUGGCAACAGACACUUUCGUCAUUUAAAUGUUUCGAGGCCUUAUGCAUGUAGGGAAUGUGGCCGGACCUUUAGAGAUCGCAAUUCCCUUCUUAAACAUAUGAUAAUUCAUCAGGAAAGAAGACAGAAAUUGAUGGAGGAAAUUCGUGAAUUAAAAGAACUUCAGGAUGAGGGUAGGAGUGCACGGUUACAGUGUCCACAAUGUGUGUUUGGUACCAAUUGUCCCAAAACCUUUGUGCAGCAUGCUAAAACCCAUGAAAAAGAUAAAAGAUACUACUGUUGUGAAGAAUGUAACUUUAUGGCUGUGACAGAGAAUGAACUUGAAUGCCAUCGAGGGCUUGCUCAUGGGGCAGUAGUGAAAUGUGCAAUGAUCACUACAGACAUUACCCAGAGAAAAACACACAAAAAGGCAUUAGUGAAAGAUUCCUAUAUGGAGUCCUCAAAAAAGACAGUUGACUAUAUGUGUAAAAUGUGUCCUUUUACUACGUCAGCCCGAAGCAUUUUAAAAAAACAUGUGGAAUAUUUGCACCCAUCAGCUUGCAUAGAUCCCUUUGGUAGUCGCCUUAGACUAGAUAAAAGAAAAAGGCUCGGUAUAGAAGAAGCUCUACAUUUUGGUAGCAGGACUAAACAUUUAAUCAAGCAAGCAUCUGCCUUUCCAAAGACUUCGGUUUUAAAACAAGAUCUGAAACGACCUUUUGGCUCUGCAUUCCAGAUGAGUCACUUUGCAAAACUCCACAAGAGACCCUCCAGGAUACAGAAGGCUCGGAAAAGCGUUGCACAGUCAGCUAAACUUGCUGGGAAAAAAGACAGCUAUGAAACGGACGAUGAAAGUUCAUGGGAUAAUGUUGAACUGUGUGAUUACACUACACGGUCUGUGGAGGAUGGCUCUUACAGUGAUAUUAAUCAGGACCAUGUAAACCUGUUCCCUUUAUUUAAAGGUAAAAUGGAAGAAGAAGGUGGUGGUAAAUCGUCUCUUAGAUAUGAACAAAAUGAUGGAUUUUAUUUUGAAUAUUAUGAAGAUGGCGAAAGUAACAAUUAUCUGCAUGAUUUCCAAGAUCAUCAUCAUUUGGAAAACAUAGGUACAACAUUGCCAAAGCAUAAUUCCGUUUUUCACUGGACUGAUUUAUCACUUGAGAAAAAAAACUGUCCAUACUGUCCAGCAACUUUUGAAACUGGUGUUGGAUUAUCUAAUCAUGUCCGUGGACAUCUUCACAGAGCUGGGUUAAGUUAUGAGGCACGCCAUGUUGUCUCACCUGAGCAAAUAGCUACAAGUGACAAAAUGCAGCAUUUCAAAAGAACUGUGACGGGAACUCCAGUGAAGCGAGUUAGAAAAGCAAUUGAGAAAUCUGAAAGUUCUACAGAACACACAUGCCAGCUCUGCGGAGGUUGGUUUGACACUAAAAUUGGAUUAUCUAAUCAUGUGCGAGGACACCUAAAAAGGCUUGGUAAAACCAAAUGGGAUGCGCAUAAAUCUCCAAUCUGUGUUCUAAAUGAAAUGAUGCAAAAUGAAGAAAAAUAUGAAAAAAUCCUUAAGGCAUUGAACAGUCGUCGUGUUAUUCCCAGACCAUUUGUUGCUCAGAAAAUUUCAUCAGAUGAUGACUUUUUGUCUCAAAAUGUUUUACCUCUUGAAGCAUACCGCAAUGGCCUAAAGACUGAAGAUAUAUCAGUGUCUGCAUCAGAGGAAGAAAGGCUGAAUUGCCUCAAUGAAUGUGAUGAAGCAAAAUCAUUAUUGCAUGAUGAAAAAAAAACCCAGUCACUUACACUGAUAGAACUCUUGAAAAAUAAACGAAUGGGAGAAGAAAGAAAUUUUGAUAUCUCUCCUCAAAAGAUUCAUAAUCAAACCGCAAGAAAGAGGUUUGUUCAAAAAUGUGUUCUUCCAUUAGAUGAAGAUGGUCCUUUGAUGUAUCACCCACAAAAAAUGGAUUUGACUAUGCAGUCAGCAGAAGAAGAGCUAUCAACUAUCAAAGUCAUUGAUGCUGAAUGGAAUGUCUUCCCAGGGCUACAAUUGCUUCUGGCAAGACACUGACUUUUUUUUUCUGUCUCUGUUUAUUUUGUGGCUUGUAAAGAAUAUCAGUAUACCCCUUUUUUUUCUUUAUGGGUAGUACACCAGUAGCAGAUAGAGAUGCUACAAUUGGAUGAGCUUUUAAAAUAAGGAUUGUCAGUGUCAGUACAAACAUUGCAGUGUCCCUGGCCAGCUGCUUAGAGAAUUGGCCUCUCCAGUCACGAUGGCAUCACUUUUGCUAGCUUGAUGUUGAGAGACUGAAAGUUCUUGCUCUUUUGCUUAUAAUUUCAGUCUGGGAUGGAAUGACUGCAUACUUCAAUUUUCUUAAUUCAUGCUGACUAAAACUCAAUAUUAGAACUGUCUUUUUAAAGGGGAAAAGUAGUUCUUAUAGAUUUCAAGUAAGCUACUUUUUAAAACAUGAAAUCUGAAUGUAAUAUAAAUAAAAAAGAUUAAAGUGGAACUCAUGGCCCAUUGAAGAAUUUGAUCAAGCUUACAUUUCUUUCUUUUUUUUAAAGGGAGCGGAUGAUUUUUAAAACAAAAUACAGUGCAGUUGUACUUAUAAUUUCCUACUGCAGACAAAUAGCUUAUAAUUAAUCACAAAUGCUAAAUAUGAAAUGAUACCAUGUUAUAUUCCAUCACAACUGUUCAUAAAAUUAAAAUAUCUACUUCUAUGUUAUAUUUGAGUAUACUCAACAGGAUAUUGAAUUCCAAAAUAACUAUGAUUCUACAAAAGUUUCAUUUGGUGGAUUUUGGAGCACUUGGUAUCCGAUAUAAUUUCUAUUUUAUCAUAGUUGUAUUUCUAACACUAACAUGCCAUAAUCUAUCUCCAAAUUUCUUCUGCUUUGGAAAGUGGUAUAACAUUAAUGAUGCUUUGUACUUUUCCUAGGUUCAUUUUAUCAUCAUUAGUAUAGAAUGAUUACACCUAUAUUACAUAUCCCCAAUAUUACAUAAGAGUAUGAUAUUCAUUGUUUAUUUAGUGAAUCACUAAUAUUCUGUUGAAGAUUAUACAUGAAAAAGUUUGAUAAUUCUGAAGCAUUUUAAACUAGAAUAGAAAUAUAGGUACAGAGGGAUAUUUGUCAUUGAUAUCAAUUAAUGUCCUUUGGAGUGGGUGCGAUGGCCUAGAGUUGGAGCUCUAGUCUCACAAUCAGGAAACUGUGAGUUCGAUCCUAGGCAGAGGCAGAUAUUUCUCUGGGCACACUGAGAAGAUAUCUGCUGAACAAAACUGCAUUGGCGACAGGAAGGGCAUCCGGCCAUUAAAGCACUCUGUUAGUUCCAUUCAAUUGCCCAGCCUCCACCCCGCAAGGGAUUAUGGAUUUGUUAAAAGAAGAAGAUGAUGAUAUCAAUGUCAUUUGUGCUUUAGGACAUAGUUCUUGGCACCAUGAUUCUAGGACUCAUAGGAUAGAUUGAAUUUUACAUAUCAUUGCUGGGGAAGUCUCUGAUCUUUGAUUGACAAAUAACUUUGAUUUUUUCUUUCUUUCUAGCAUUCCAUAAACUUCCAGAGUGGUCGGAUUUCCAAGAUCUGAAAUCUCUGACCACAAACAGGUCCAAAACAAGAUGUGGCGGACUGUGGCCCAGGCAAAAGUGAGGAUCUUUUGGAUCCCAAGGCUUCCCAUUUCUUAAAUGCGUACAGCAUUUCUGCUAGCUCUCUGAUUUCUGCCCUCAAAAUCCCUAGAGAUUUAGGGAUUGUUAGUGUUUCUGUAGGAGCUUAACAUGCUUUGCCUAUUAAAUGUCCAAAUGUUCUGUCUUUUGGACUAUUCUGACACUGAAAUAGUCUGUUCUGGGGAAUCCAGAAAUGUCUGGACCUGAAUGAUCUGCUUCAAUGUCAGGAUACUUCCAGAAUAAUCCUAUUCAGAAAUAUUUUUUCUAAAAUGUUCCAUGAUGAGCAUAACUACUACCUAUAUUAAAAAUUUAUCCAGGAAAUAUUUGCCAAAUCCGAAAGCUUUACAUAUUUCUAGAGUUCCUAUAGCUUACUUUGCAUGUCUCUUGCAACUGUUUCAUUAUAUCAUCACUGAAAUGAAUUUUUGUCCAAGAUGAAAGCAAAUGCAUUUUACACUUAAUUAACACAGUUUCUAAUAGAAGAUGCAUGCACUUUGACAAUAAUAGUGGCAAGAAUUACCUAUCGAUUACUUCAUGAAAUUCUGGAGUUUUUAAAGACUUCUGAAAAUACAUCUGUUCUUGGACUGAACUUGCUGAGAUGGUUUCCCCUGGCAGCUGUCUGAAAUCUUUUCUACUUGUAGAUGAUCUUCCAGACAGCGGAAUGAUUGAUGUCCAAUUGUUUGAGAAUCUUUAAAUCCCUUCCUGGAUUCAUAGGUAUCUAUAACCUCCUUUCGGAAAACCUCAAAAGAGCUCUUUUGAUCUAUGCAUGGGAAUACCACACACUUCUACAACAAAGAGCAAAUCAAACUAAAUGUCUGUGGUUUAAAUAAGACCGUUCUUUCUAGAUCCCAUCUAGCCAUGUUCUAUUCAUGUACACCUAAUCUAAUUCUAAUUUUAGGUAUUUGUAGCAGUGAAAACUGUAAGGAUGCACUUAUUUUCUUGCAGAUGUUUCAUUACCCAAACUAGGUAACAUUAUUAAUUUGGGUAAUGAAACAUCUGCGCAAAAAACAGCCAAGUUCAGAUAACACCAAGGACCCCUCAUUUGAAUCCUGAGCUGCAAAUAUUGGUACCCUAAGCCAUAUCUAGUGUUUACCAGGCAAAAGUGCUAGUUUGGGAGAUUCCUGUUAAAUCGGCAUAGAACAAUAAAAUAUUACUUUGACCUCUACAAGUGCUCCAAUGACAAAAUAGGUUUUACUUAAGUUUUUGUUGAUUUUAUACAUUUGUACAAGUCCAAAAGUAGAAAAUCAAACCUUUAUUUCAGAAUAAGGAGAGAUUCAAAUCAGGAAGUUGUCAAAAUAUCAUUGCAAGUAAUCAAAUUAAUACUUCUAAUUAAAACAUAACAUGUUAGUAAGAUGUAAGCUUAUUCUGCUUCAUCCUCUUUAUAAGGUGAAUAAUAGAUAUUCAUUUCAACACCUAUAUUUGUUGGUAGAAUUUUUUUUCAUCAUUUUAAUGCAGUGUUCCCCAAUUUUUCCAGGUUUGUGAGCUGGCAGGGGAUGGUGGGGAGGGGAUGGUUCUUUGUGAGUGGUGGGCAAGCACACAUGCACGCAGCUCCUUUGCACCCGCCGUUCGCGCAAAUGGAACGUGCACAAGCUCUGGCCCACCACUUUGGGCGGCUCAGUUCUCAACAGCAGUGGACCAUGGCCCAUCGGUUGGGGACCCCUGUUCUAGUGGUUUAUUCUCAUAGCAUGUAAAUCUUUUGCAUUUUUCAUAGAAUAAUUCUUAAAAUUUAUUUACAGCAUUUUUAAAGAAAUGAUGUUUACCUUCAUUUGAUCUCACUGAACCUUGUGGCUAAAAUUCUCAGUUACCCAAGAUAAUGUUAAUAUGGAUUAUUUUAAAAUAUAUUUAUGCAUUCUUACUGCUUAACAAAAUAUUUCUUAUUCUGGUAUAGAAGAAAAAAAUUAAUUUGCGAUAAUUAUUUUUCCCAAAUAAAAAUAUAUUAAUAAUUCAUUGUAGCUACUAAUUGUCUACAGCAGAUGGCAGCGCCUAUCUGUCCUUAGUUGAUUUUAAAAGUUAAAGAGGAUCAGAUUUGGAUUGGGGCUACUAAAUUGGAAAGUCAAAAAUAACAUCCCACAAGAAAGCAUUGAGAAACCCCUCUAGUACAGAUACUGAAAAUUCUCCUUCUGGAAAUAUCUGUGUGAUCAGUAUGGGUUGAGGUUGACUCAAGGAGUCAUUAUCUCUAGCAAGUAGUUAUAGGAAAGGAAAAUAUUUUUAAUUGUAGCUAGUCCAGAAUGCGGCAGAAUGGACAGUUACAGACAUGCCUUGGUUUGCCCAUGUAAUACCUCUGUUCCGGGAGCUACAACUACUAGUAGAGUUUCAGAUACAACUCAAGGUGCUCAUUAUCACCUACAAGACCUUUGGUUGCACAGGACUUGAGUAUAUGAGGGACCUCCUGUCUCUGCUGUAGUGUCUGCCUGUUCUGUUAGAUAUUACAUAAUUAGAAUGCUUUGGGGUCAGUCAAUUAAACUGUGUUAUUUGAUGGGACCCAGGAAAUGGGCCUUUUUUUAUUGUAGUGCCUAUCCUCUGGAACAAUGUUCACCAGAGAUUCAUAUUGCCCGUAAUUGACUCAUUUAAAACCAGUUUUUGCCUUGGGCUCAUUUGAUUGGUUGGCCCCUUGUGAGAAUGCUAUUAUGCUUGAAAAAGUACUUGUUUUGUUCUUUUAUGGAUGUUCACCAUUUUUAUUUGUUGUGUGCUUGUUUCCAUCUGUUUUUUAUACUGUACACUGUCUAGAAUCAUGGGGUUGAGUGGUCUUGCAGAUUUGAUAAUGAUGUUUAAUAAAUGUUUGACUUCGUUCAUGUUUAAAAGAAGUUAAUAUAACUUUUCAACUAGAAUUGCCUUGGGGAAGUCUAAAGAUGGAAGUAUCUUUAUUCAUUGGCAGAGAUGUUGCCCUUUUUUUACUGCAAAAAAGGUAUACAUAUUUUCACGUACAGGUAGUCCUCGACUUACAACCAGUUGCUUAGUGACCACUCAGAGUUAUGAUGGACCCUGAAAAAGAUACUUAUGAUCCAGAUUUGAAAAUCUCCUAGCCAUCGCCCUCUUACCUCAGGUUUUUUUGUUGGAAACCAGCAUUUACCUACAGUUUCCAGUAAAACAUGCCCUUUAUGGAUAAUGGGUUCAGUUAAUGACUGCAGAUUCACUUAACAACCAUGGUGAUUGCUCAAUGAGUGCUGCAAAAAAAUAUAAAAUCAAGUUGUAAAAUUGACCUGCUCAAUGAUUGGCAUUUAAAACCAUAAUUCUGGUCUUAAUUACAGUCAUAAGUGAAAGAGUACUAAAUAUAUAAAGCAAAGAGGUUGUGUGGGGCUUAAGAAAACCCUAAAAUCCACAAAGGAAAUGCUUUAUUAAGUCAACUGAAAGAUUAUCAAAGCUUCAUGCUUUCCAAUUUCUAAAAUUUCACCAUUAGGUAGAAACAUUUAAACGCAGAUUUAAAUACAAUGAGGACUCUUUGAAUCUAUACAAAGUAUCUUCUUAAAUGCACUGAGAGACAGGUUUCAGAUACUGAAUCUCCCCAUAGCUUGCUCUUUCAACCCAGUGACAAAUACAUCAAAUUUUUUGGCAAGCAAGAAACAGAAUAGAAUUCAAUAUAGAAUUUUUUAUAGUAACAGACCUGGAGAUAAUUUAAGAUAUUUCAUGAAUUAACAAUUAAGUCAAAACUAUAUAGAAUAUGUUUAUUUAAUGGUGGAAAAGAAUCCACCUCCAAUAGAGGAAUCCCAGCAAAGAUCAUGUCAAGUCUUGGUUACUGCAACAUGGCUCUAUUCAGUUCCCAUUAUGUUGGCUUUUCUAAACUAAAUUUCAAAAUUGUAUAAUGAUGUUUCAGCCCAUUUGUCAAAUACUUACAUUUAUUCUUCAAGGAAUAUCUAAUGCAUUGUUUUAUUCUAAUUUAUCCUGCAUAAUUUAUGUUAGUAAAGUUUGAAUAGAAUAUCACCAAUCAUUAAUGUCUCAC